UAUCCACUGGUGCAACAGGCAGCUUACCACGAAGAAAGAUCUUCUUGCCAUUGGUAAACUUUGCAAUACAUUUUGGGACAUCUCUCUACGAAAACAAGUUUGCAGGUGUGCAAGCUUCAAUCACCAGUGGAAAACCAAACCAAGUGAUUUUGAAAAUUUUUUCAUCAAGGAACGAGUCCUAAAUAUUACAGAACUGAACAUAAGCAAUGUGAACUGGAUAAAAAAUCAAAUUUUAUUAAAAGUUGUGAAAAAAUGUAAAAAUCUGGAAGCCUUACAUAUUGUAAACUGCAACUUUACAGCAUCUGAUUUGAAUGUGAUUUUUUCAAGACUUCAGGGACUAAUGGUAUUGUCAUGGUCAUUGGAGAGUUUAGCUAUUAAAGUUCAUAGAAAUUAUUUUCAACAAAAAUUGGAAGACACUAGUUUUGGUUUGGAGAAAUUGCAGAAGCUGUAUCUUGAAAUUCCAGAUUCUGAUUAUGGUUAUGUUGCAGCAACAUGGAUACUUGCUUAUACAUGCAAUCUUGAGGAGCUUCAUAUUCAUGCAUCAUACUACAUGCACCUGUUGUGUGCAACUUGUCCAAUAUUCAAUUCACUCAAGAUUUAUAACAAUCUAUCUGUACAGAAACUUUCAAAAAUUUUCUUUACAGAUGAUGAAGUAUACACAAAUACUUGCUACCCACAUUAUGUGGCAGAGAGAAGAUUCCUAGCCACUAAGGGUUUAAUGAAUGAAAUAAUAAGCAUUCAAAAUCAAUCAGAAAAAAAAAUCAUGUGGAAAGCUCUGUGGUUAUCAUCAGGUGCUUUAUGUGCUUUAGCUGAACAGAACAUUUUAAAGAAAGAUGACAUAAAAGCAAGUGACAUAUCAUUUCGUUUGAAACAUUCACAUGAAAAGGGUUUGGAGCAAGUUGGGAAUUACCUAGAGAACUGUAACUUGGAAAGUGUAAAACAACUUGAAGUAGAUGUAGGCAAAAUGGACCUGAUUAAUAUCAGCAGACUGGGUGCUUCUCUUUUAUCUUUUUCACUGUUGAGCUUUAAACCGUGGUUGGGAAGUUCAGAAGAGGUAUGUUUUACUCACUGUGGUGCACCUAUUGUGCCAGAGACAUUGGCCAAGUUUCAAAGUUAUUCUAGUUUCUGUCUUUUAAGCAUUUACAACAGUCAAGUUUUGUUUGGUACAAACUGUAUAUCAUUCUGCUGAGCAUCAUAAGUUCACCUGUA